UACCAGGAAUCUUCCUGGGGGCUAAAGGGCGGCCGGCGCGUAAGGCUGAAAAUAACAGCGGGUACCUGCAUUGGCACCACCGGAAUUUUUUCCAUGCAAAAGGGUCAAAUGUCUGAAUUCCCUUCUUCCCUCCUUUUGCCUGCAUCAGCGGUUUGCAGUCAGUCGCUGAUUUAAAUUCGAUCACUAAACAGAACACAGAAAAUUGCAAAAGUGUUCAGAGUAAGUAAGAUUGAAGUGCAAAAUUCUGAAAGUCUGAGAAAGAAAUAGUUAUAACCGCAAAGAAAUUGCUGAAGGUUUGAUUCUUAGGAGAGUGAGGGUUGUUACUAGUGUUGAGCAAACUCCGAGAGAAAGGAAAUACAUCCGUCUGGAAUAAGGUUGCCUCAGUCGUCACAGACUGUUACAGAAUACGGCGUUGCUAUUAUUCUACUUCGCUGUGGUGUGUUUGUGUCAGUAGUUGUAAACUUCAUGAAUUCACGAAUCGGCGGUCAGCGCAACGUUCUGCUGUAAAAUGGCGCAUAUUCAGUAUGUGGACGAAUUGAUCAGAGAGUAUUUACUGUACCGAGGGUUUAGUGGAACUUUAAAAGCGUUCGACUCUGAACUGAAAGUUGAUAAGGAUAAAAGUUUCAGAGUGGAUAAAAUAGUGGAACAAUUAUUACAGUUCAUUUAUACGUACGAUCUCGGUUCAUUGAAGGAACUAUGGGCCCAUUUGGACCAAAGAAUGUUUUCUAAAUUGGAACAUACUUUUACUCCAUCUGUUCGCAAACUGGAAAAUGCUGUACUCAAAUUUUAUCUGGUUAAUGCUGUGAUCAGUGGAAAGUUGGACAAGGUUACAGAAUUCUUUGCCAAAUACACACCAGAACUAAUUGGCCAAGCAGAAUGGAAAGAGUGGUUCAUGUUGCCAUGGGUGAAGAAUCCAGAAGAAAAUCCAGUUUUCCAAGUACAUUUCACGCGGCAGUGGCAAGACAAUCUGCUGGUUUCCUUGCACAAUCUCUUGGCUGCCAUUUUCCAGUGCAUGCCGCAACCUGUGCUGGUCAGCUUUGAGGAGGAUGCUCAAAAAAUGAAACGUCUGCAAGAGGAGAAUGAAGCGCUGCGGUUGCGUGUGGUCACCCUGCUUGAGAAUGCUCGCAAUAACGUGACGAGCGUGUCAGAUGUGACUGCUCCUGAAGUCCCUCAACCUGCUGAACUCAUGGAUGACUUCUAUGUUAUUGCACUGGAGACGAGCUCAGUUGCAGGUGAGAGUCAGGCCAAGACAUUGAAGAGUCUGAUCCGUAACAUCGGCAGUGGGCUACCAACCAGUCCGAUGCUUGGCCGGAAGGUGUUGUGCCAGUCCACUUCAGGUGCUCCUGGUAAGGUGAAAAUGGGAGGUUCAGGCAGAACAGAGGAGCAGCAGCAGUUGAAGAAACACAGCAGUGUGAAGCAACAGCAACGCGCUGUCUGGACGGCUGCAGGCAAGACAUCCAGUGCCGAAGGAGUGGCCAGUAAGCGUCAGAGUUCCACAGAGCAACCCGUGACUAGACCGACUCGUGACCCCUCUGUUGAGACUCCUGACAGAAGGGUCAAGUACCAGCAGCAACCAAUCACAUGCCAGGCUGGAUCAGCUCUAAGCAACACGGGGGCUUUCUUACUGCUUAGCCAGGAGGAGUAUGUGGAACAUCGUGCUCCAGUGUGUCACUGUCGGUUCAACUCUUCUGGAUCUACCGUUGUGAGUGCCGAUGUUGACGGCAUUGUAAAGCUUUGGACUGUGACACCCACUCCAAAAACAUUGGCGACUUUUGCAUCCAAGUCCGCUGUCAUGUCCCUGGACUGGGUGACCAAGAAUGAACGCUACUUUAUAGGGGGCAACAAGCAGGGUCUGGUUCGGCUCUAUGAUACUCGAGACAACCGUAUCGUGUGGGAGCUGGGUGCUGAUACUGUGAGCCCGUUAAAGGACGCCAGGAUCAUGACGAUCUGUUGCAGUCCUGUUGAGCCGACAUUUAUCUGUUCAGUGGCACCCCCUGUUCAGGCUUCGGGCAAAUUGCUGCUGUUUGACAUUAAAACCAAGAAGCUAGAGAUGUCCCUGACGCUGGAUUGCGCCCAGAGUGCUACUGUGGCCACAUGCUGCACGUUCAACCACAAUGGACAGUUGCUGGUGACGGGAUGCAAUGAUGGCGUUGUCAGGAUAUUUGACUUACGUCGUAGCGAAUGUAUUGACUCGUGGACAGCCCACCAAGGUGAAACCCUUGCCAUUCAGCUGACUGCAGACUUCACAGCAUGCUACACUUUGGGAUCUGAUGGAAAGCUCUGCCAACGAAGUUUAAACCAGAGUGGACAAGCACUGUGGGAGGCCACCCUUCAGAACUGCCCACCCUUGUGUAAUCUGGGAGUGCCCCAUGGGCAGCUGUUCGCAUUUGACCCUCCAGGAACUCAUGUACUGACGUGUGGCCAUAAUGGUGGCACUAUAUACCAGAUCUGUGGCAGUGGUCUCAGCCGCAUGUUGGAACUUGGUGGGCACCGGAGCCCAACACUAGCAGUUGAUUGGGCAAUAGCAAACCAGUGUGCGACAUGCGUUACCGCAUCGUCUGGAGACGGCAAGAUUAAAGUGUCAACGUUGCUGACGCCCUAGCCUCCUGUUUGAGGUGGUCGUACCAAUACUGGCAGUGCUGGAGACUACAGCUCCAUAGUGUUCUAUAUAGUGUAUGCAUAUGUAUUGCUUUCCUUUGAGUGUAAUGUUUAUUUAUGAUGGAAGUGAAGUGGCACAGAAGAUUCCCAUGUAUCAGAUGGAGGUAUGAACACUGGAGGUUACUUGUUUCAGUUAACGUAACAUUCAGAAGAAACUCUUGAGUUUCUGAACGUCAGUUUAUGAGGAAUGACGGCAUUGGGAGUUAGAGAUGCAUUUGUUAAAUGUGCAAGGCUUAUUCUUUUAGGACUUAAGAUGGUUCCCCGCAGUGAGCUUCUGAAUGUCAGUUUAUGAGGAAUGACGGCAUUGGGAGUUAGAGAUGCAUUUGUUAAAUGUGCAAGGCUUAUUCUUUUAGGACUUAAGAUGGUUCCCCGCAGUGAGCAGUGCUUCUGAUACUUGUUUUGCAUGAUUUGGGAAAUUUUGUACUGCUUGACAAAUACAGCCAGACCCAGGACAAGGACACACCCACUGUCGAAGUUUAUAAUUUGCAUGACAGAUUUUUUUUUCUGGUAGUGUGUGUGCACGCUUGGUUUCCCUUGCUGUGUAGUGCUGUAACUUACAUCUUACUAUAAUGUUGGUGUUUCUGUCAACAUCCCAUGAUGCGUAAUUGAAAUGCUGUGAAGUCUAUUACGGGAAGAAGCAAACGUAUGGCAGCUGUGCGUCCUGGCUGGAUAGGCUGAAUGUGAAUCAUGAAACAAAUAUUACGAGAGAGUCACAUAAUUUUGGUUUUAAGUCGAUCAUUUCUUUUCCUGUCCUUUCCAUGUCACUCUGCGCUAUAUGUCGCAGUGACAGUGCUUGCUAUUCCUGGACAAAAGUGGGACAUUCGUAUUGAUGUGGAUAUUUCAACAGAAUAUGUGUAACGGUUUAUAGGACGUGCCGUUAUGUAACCCAGGUUUUGUUAUGAAUCAGUAUGGCUGAAAACUGGAAUGUUGUUAGUGCAUUUAGUAAGAGCCUCCCAUGUGUCAGUUUGAGGAAUGUUUGUCUGAUGGCUUAGGUGCUGAUACUAGGCCGCGGACAGAUGCAACCUCCACACAGUUCUUUUUACUUGUUCAUGUACACAGUAUAUAUGGGAAAGUAUUGUGACUGUGAGAAUAUUUAAUCCUGAGAUUUUGGGGGAUUUACACUUUUGGAGCUGUGGUACAUAUGAAAAUUUGGUUUUUAUAGUGUUGUCGGUGUGUUUGUAUCUUUGUAUGGAUGUAUGCCUCACUAACACUGAAUGGUUGGGAGGAAUCUUAUUUGUAUUUGGUGUUCAAGAUUUAUCUAUCCUAGCUCAGUGUGGAGUGAAUCUGAACACUCGGAACUACAAAAACAUAGGCCCUGCAAAUGGGCCUCAAAAUAUGUCUCUAAACAACGCGGUAUUGUAGUCUCGCUCAUAUGUCAGAGAGUAUGUAAAGUGUCUUUGUUUUGUAAACGGAGUUGGAAUAGGAAUUUAAGGCAACAGACUGUGGUGAUGUAGACUGCAUUCAGUUGGUGGGUAGUGUUACUUGAUGCUGGUGAUUCACUAAUUAGCCCUUUCCAUGGCACACCCAUCAUAUCUUGUGUAAAACACUGACUUUCUGGUCUGGUAGGAGCAGGUAUAGCUGUCAGUGUAACAACUAGGUUUUGGGCUGGACAACUGAGAAAUCGGGGUGUGAUUCCCAGGAGGGCCAAGAACCCUUCUUCAUAGCAUCGAGCCUCACUCUUGGGCCUACCCAGCCGUUAGGGAUACUGAGGGCUGUUUCUCUGGGAGUGAUGUGGGGCUGACUUUGGAGCUGUAUGAGUAUCUCCACUCUCCCAUAUGUCUCCAUGCUGAUAGCUUUACGUUACCUUACAAAUACUGUACACUGUGGUGUACUGAUGUCCUCACAUCAGUCACACAAGAAAGUGAGGUUCAUGUAAGGUUUGAGGUUCUCACAGAUCUCGGACUACAUGGCUCUGUAUUCCAGAUAAAGAACUCUUCAAAUGAAGCCCAGAUUGCAUUAUCCUUUAUUCAUCCUGUAUUUAUAUAAGCAGAUGACAACUUUAUAUCAGCAGAAAUGUAGAACCAUUCAAAAUAUCUAUACAAAAUUACUCUUUCAUAUUAGAAACUAGUAUCGAGUCCAUUUCUUGAAAUGUUAACUUUUAAAAUUAUUGAAUUUACACACUUUAAAACAGUAGAACAACAGAAGGCACAUUGAAGAUAAGUCGUAUAGACGGUGCGAAGAAAUUAGAGCAACGUAGUAAGGCAGCAGAGUACUGAAGUUGCAAUGCAGUUCAGUUUUUCAUGUUGCGCUUCUAUGAAAUUACUGCACACAAACAGAAACAUCAGUAAGAGCUGCUCUUGUGCUUUGCAAGGAAGUAAGUGAUGCAUUUCCUGUACAGCAUUUUCAAAGUAAAACAUACCGUGUGAGAUUUGAGGUCAUGGCUGUGGCUGUGACUGUGAAAAGUAGAUGUUCUGGGAUGUGACAUCAUCUAGCCUGGUAGGCAGGUACAUACUAGCAUUUCAGAGGAACCUGCUCCCUCCAUCUUCAGGGUAGAAGAGAAAGCCAAGUAAGGUAGAAGUAUGGUUAAUGGGGACUGAGAUCAGGAACCAGUAGGAUUCGAAGGAGUGUUGAGAGAUUAUGAGGCCCUUAAAAGGUUCACU